UGAACCCCAUGUCGCCCCCGUCUCUAUAGGAUGGCAGCUCUGAUCGCGUGGGGCGUAGAAACGGGACAGCAACUUCUCAGUUACACCCUCGUCAGCCCCAAUGAGCUCCUGAGGUCCUACCACCAAUUACCCCAACCAUAUGAUGCUGCUACCAUGGCAACAGAUGGAGAUGAAAUCUUGAUCCACGAUGUGGCCAAGGAGCUGCAGCUGGGGGUUGCGUUCCUCUCAGGAGGAAAAACCAAUGAAGGUUAUCCGAUUAUUACGAUGCCAGACUGUCCCAAGUUUGAGCUCAUCACAGACGAAGAGUUUAUUCGAUUGUUAACUUAUUUAAUCAGAAUACCAAGCUAUUUCAAAGGCUCGAACCAUGCAAGCAUGCUUGACAUGGACAAGGGAUUCGUCCUCCUGGUAGACAAGCGGAGUGAAACAUGGGGAGCUGUCAAGUCGGCUCUCGUAAGGAUAGCGCAGGGAUAUUUUCCCGGGAUCAUCCAGCAAGUGUACGUCCUCAAACCGAAAAGCUUCUUCCAGAAGAAACUUUCGGAUCUUCGCUUCAAAUUCUCCAAAGAUGAGUUCAAAUUUCAGGUGCUUUUACUGGACUCUGUGAAGGAGCUUCACGCUAUCAUCGACUCGACGCAACUGACUAAAGAUUUCGAGGGAACCAUCUGCUUUGAUCUGACUUCAUGGAUUGAAGAUAGAAUGGCAAUCGAAAGGUUCGCAAACAACUGCCGGGAGCGCUCGACCGCAGUCCAGGUUCUCACGGAUGAAUUCACCCAGACUGAGCUGCCGAAUGAUGUGGAGGCGGCCAACACUCUUCUGAUGGAUCAUCGGAAGAAACGGAUGGAUCUUAAAGAUGAUCUCCAGAGUGCCAUGAAGUACGGACAGACGCUCCUCCGAUGUCUGAGACGCCCUCUGGAUGAGAGUCCGGAACAGAACCCUCACAAAGUAGCGACUCUUUGCGGAAUCGAAAGACUCUUGAUUCAAAUGGAGGAGACGGAGCAGAAAUUUGAAGAGAUGUGGGGAGGACAUGAAGAGAAACUUGUGCAAUGUCUGAAACUCAGGAAGUUUGAGGAAGAUUUUAAAGAAGCAAUAGUUUUACUGGAGAAUCUUUUAGAGAAGUUAGCCACCGCUACAGACCGUGGAAGCUCCAUGCUUCAAGUGGAGAGUCUGAUUAAAACUCACAACGAUUUCACUGCAGACAGUCAGGGUUCCAUCGAAAACGCACAAAAACUUCACGAGAUUGGGAUUGAUUUGAUAGAGACGGACGGCUACGGGGUGGACAGUAUUAAACCAAAGUGUGCUGAGCUGAAGAAACAAACAGCGGAUCUAACGCAACUUCUGGAGAAUCGGAGAGUGACGCUGGAACGAUCGAGGGAACUCCAUGAAAGGAUCGAUAAAGCUCAAAUGUGGUGCACAGAUGGAAUGAAACUCCUCGCCUCUCAAGAAAUGGACAAAUGCCAGUCAAAAGAGGGCGCCGAUCAGUACUUAAGAGCAAUUAAAAGUUGCCUCGCCGGGGCCAAGGAGCUGAAACUCAGCGACCCUAAAGAGUUCCGCUCCAUGUUUUCAGACAUACUCACGUCGGAAAUCAAGGAGCCUGAUUAUGAGGCUAUUGUCCACGAGGCCAUCACCAAAAUGGAAGACGUGAAAAUGAUGUUUGAGAAACGGCAGGACUCCCUCCUAAAGGUCAUCGCCAAAUGCGAGAAGGAACGACCUGUUCAGAUUGUCCCGGCGACCCCUGUCCAUUCGUCACCGAGGUCACGUUCCCCGGGACUAUCGCUGUUAACUGGUAAUGGAUCGCCCAACGAUUCACGUAAACCAAAGAAAAAGGUCAAAGGUUACAACACCAAGACGGAUAAAAGGAUAGAGAUUGUCCGAGGAGACAGUCCAGACUUUGGUCACGUCAUCAUAACGGAAAACGGCGACAGCCCGAACUCCUUGUCCGCGAAGAGAAGACAUGUCAUCACGGAACUCAUUGAGACAGAGAAGCUGUACGUCAACGAGCUCCAUGCCGUCUUGAGGGGGUACAUUCAGGAGAUGGACAACCCUGACCUCAUGCCCUUCAUUCCUGAAGCCCUUCAGGGAAACCAGGAAAUUCUCUUCUCAAAUUGGGAUCAAAUUUACCGAUUUCACAGCAGCACAUUCCUCGUGGAGCUAGAAAGUUACAUCAACACCCCAACGUUAAUCGGAAAAUGUUUUGUAAAAAGGAAAGAAGAAUUAGAUAGUUUAUACAGCACCUAUUGUCAAAACAAACCUCGGUCAGAAAUUCUAAGAAGAGAAUGCGGUAACGAUAAUCCCUUCUUCCAGGAGUGCCAAAGAUUGCUUGGGCAUAAACUACCCCUGAGUGCUUAUUUACUUAAACCAGUCCAAAGAAUAACCAAGUACCAACUUCUUCUUAGGGAAAUGUUAAAAUAUUCCUCAGCGGAACCUGGGGCUGACGAUUUGAAGACUGCCCUAGACUGUAUGCUGACUGUCAUCAAAUACGUCAACGACACCAUGCACCAAGUAGCCAUAACAGGGUUUGAGGGAAAGCUUUCAGAUCUCGGCAAGCUUCUCAUGCAGGGCGCCCUCUUUAUGUGGGUGGACCACAAGAAGCGCAACCUGAACGACAUCAGACAACGCAAGAUGCAACGCCACGUCUUCCUGUACGAGAAAGCAGUUUUGUUCUGUAAAAAGCGGGGCGAUAUUAAAGAGAAGACGUGCUACGCUUUCAAGAGCUCCUUAAAGACUGCUGGAAUUGGACUGACUGAACAUGUCAAAGGAGACAAGAAGAAAUUUGAGAUGUGGUCAGGCGGGCGAGUUGACGUCUACACUUUUCAGGCGCCUUUAGAGAAGGAGAAGAUGGCGUGGGUGAAAGCAACGAGACAAGCCUUACUCCAGAAUCAGCAGAAUCAGCUGGAAAUUGCCGGGAAAAAUCUACAGAAACCCAACAGCUUGGAAAGUGGGCCUGCCACGGAAGCCACGACCGUCACAUCCAACGGAGGCCCUCUCCCGUCCCCUACCGCUAGCGAUACAUCCUCCACGGGGUACGGCAGCGCCAACCCCUCCCUGGCCAGCGAGCAGUCCUUAGAGAUUGAAGAAGAAGAGAAUGAGGAAGGCUGGGCUAGCGGAGAAUUCAGCGAGUCUGACGAUGAACUGUUAGAUGACAGACGUGAGGUGGCUUCACCUCAGCCUGUGACAGUAAACCAGUAUGUAGUUCUUGCCGAGUACAACGUCGUGGAAGAGGGAGAAAUGGCCGUGAAAGUCGGCGACGUAGUCAGCGUACAGAAGGAUUUUUCUUUGUUUGAGCCUGUUAAUAGGUCACAACCAUUUUCAUUUGAGGUGGAGUCUUGUGACACCCCUCUUCCAACGGCCAUACCGGAGAAGCAACUUCAAAUCAUCAAAGAGGUUCCAGCCCCGCCUCGGUCAUCGUCGUCGCCAUCGACAGCACCGGAGAAGCAACUUCAGAUCGUCACCGAGGCUCAAGCCCCACCAUCCUCCUCGCUACUACAGCUUGUUCCUCCUCCUAAACCCAACCCUAAACCCGCCCUCAUCGUUGACCCCCAUCCGCCACCCCACCCAGAAGCACCAUGUCAAUCUUCUCACUCCAACCCAGUAUGUAAGCCAGUACGAUCGGCAUCAUCACCACCAGACACCAUCCCUGAACCCCACCCACAAACACCUCUUGAACGUGCCCCCCUGAUCAAACCCCACCUAAAACCACAUUCUGGGACACUGGAUGACCAGCCAAAGUCGUUUGUCACCGAGACCGUCAUCCAAGUCUCCGAUAGGAAACUACCGAAGAAUAUGUCCCUCGACCACGAAGAGGAAUCGUCAAAUAACGCCACUCUGGAAAUCAUCAGCACACAGAUAACAGAUGUUGGUGAUGGGGUGAUAGAGAUAAUGAUACAACCCGAAACACAAGUUGAAGCAUACAUGGUGACGCAGGAGGCCCCCACUGUCACUCUAGAGUUGUCGCCAAAUGACUUCAGUAAUUUAAAUGGUGCAAUAUCUAAACCGUUGACAUCGGGUGUCGUGGAGUUUGACGUUUCGCCAAGCGCCAACGGAGUGACGGAAAACUGAAGAAAGUCCUUCAUCUAAAUCCUAGCUGUAAAUCUUUGUAAAUGAAGCCUUACUACCGUGGCUGAGUGAGGUACAACUUCAGUUGAAUGCUUCUGCGGAGGAAAAAAAGAGAAAGCCCUUUUAUCCACUAAUGUGCGUAACAUGUUGAGGGCGCCGUCUCGAUUACUAUCGCUGUUGGGUGUAUGAUACUGCAUAUUUGUAUUAUGGCAGUUUUUUUCCUUUAAAAACUGCAUAGAGCUCGCUUAAAAUGCUUGCUUUCUUUUCUGUUUAAAGACAGGGGAGGAGGGUGAUCGCAAAUCCAAGUUAUUGGUGUUGUCUUCUGGGGUUGAUCAUAGAAAUUAAGGCCAUGCGAACUGUUAUUGAUUGUAUGAGCUUUGAACUUUAACACUUGACCCAUGACCUGUGUCAAUACAAUUCCAGCCGUCUUUCUACAAACCAGGGUCACUGUCUUUUUUAGGAACACCACCACAUCCAGUAGUUUAAUCAUAAAAUUAGGACUUGUUUCUUCAUGUAAUUACUAAUUUUUCUUUUUCUUUUAUUCUUUUGUUGUACAUAAUAUAAAUUAAUGUUUAUGCUAAUGUAAUUAUGUAUAAACUAUACAUCAAGUUUAAAAUGCUAAUACAUAUUCAUGGUGUCUAACUCAUGCAUAUGUAUUUCAUGUUAAUGCUUGUAUAUGAUAUACAUAAUAUGAAAAUAUAUAUUUAUAUAGUUUUAUUCUCUGGCAUUAUAUGUUGCUGAGCCCGAGGUGGAACUGUGAUUAUUUUUGAAUUGUUGUUUUAUUUAUCAAGUAUACAGUUAAAACAUUAAUUUUCAAGUUAUGGAUCCAAAUAAUAUCAGAGUUUAACAUUUUCAAAUUCUUUCCUUUGUAGUGAAGGCAAGAACUUGAAUGUGACGCUCCUUGCCAAAGCCAGGUCCUUCUGCCAAAACUAAAAAAAACUUGAUUGGUUUUCUCAUCAAAAGUCACUUUAUAAGGCCAUAGAAGAUAAUAAUUUCUCAACACACAGCAUCACAUCAUAUUGAUACCACAGGUGUUGUUCCAGUUGUCUUUACUUAUAUCACCAUUUCACUAUAACCGUGAACUUGGCUGAUUUUGGCACUGGCCGCCAUAAAAGUUGAGUUGCUUAGCAGAAAAAAGCUGCUUAGCAGCUUAAUAAAAUUAAGCUUUUAACCCCAGUAUACUUUACAACAAAACUGCUCUAUUUAUGUUCAAUUAACCUCGUGAGUUUUCGUCAGGGUCAGGGUCAGGGUUAGGGUAAGGGUUAGGGUAAGGGUUAGGAUCAAGGAUGCCAGAAUAUACACAGAGGUGUGUUAUUGUCGCCAUAUCAUCCUAUAAAUCUUGCUUGCACCAUUUUUGGAGUUGGAUAACCUGUAUUUCAUUGUGCAGUGCACGGAUACAAAGCACUGUGCAAGUACAUGUAGUUCCACAUGCAACAUAUCAUUACAUGCAUUUUGACUCCAACAAUGGCAGACCACAGGCAGACGCGUUAUAAUAAUAAAAACUAGUUCUUAUAUAUCGCAUUUCACAAUAACGACUCAAUGCACUUUACAUUAGUGCCAUGGUCAUUGGGCAAAUCUCUGUGGAGUAUAUAGCCCCAGGCAAUUGAUUGUGCUCUAAAGGCUUUGUUAUACACAAUAUUAACUUGUACCAACGCAGGUACCCAGUUAUACCCCUGUGUAAAGAGAAGCAAUUAUUAAAACAUCUUGGACACACACGUGUCAUGACGGGAUUAGAACCCGCACUCCGAUGACUUAACCACCAGAACACGAGUUUGAUGCUCUUUGAUCUGACACCACUAUGUUCUGAUUCCGACACCUCUACAUGCUCUUAAUCCUAAUCCUAACCCUAGUCCUAAUCCUAACCCUAAUCCUAACCCUAAUCCUAGCAUGUAGAUUAAACAGGGUUAUUGGAUCUUGGGUGUUGUGGAACGUUGAGCAGUUUCAGUGGUCAGUACAUCAUUUGGAGAAACAAACCUUUGGUUAUACAAAUUGUCAUUACUAAUGUAGGUUUUUAUCUCUAUAAUAAAAUAUAUUUACCAAUUUCCCCUUAGAAUUGUAAAAGAAAGAGGUUAAGAAAUACAAUUAUGUACAUUGUAAAUGUUACAAAUAAUAUGCGUGAUUUAAAGUAGGGUCAGAAUUGAAGGUUUGAAUGCCUUAAAUUUACAAGAUUUACGGUUAAGAUUGUGAUUUGAUCACAGAUAUACGUUGGAUCUGAUUGGUCUGGUGAGUUGUCCAAUCAGAGUGUUUUGCUGUUUUCACUCUUAUUGUUGUCUGGUACCCUACCUUUAUUAGUGUCUGCUGCGUAUAUAAGUUUGCUUUUCCUGACUAGAUAGAACCCUUUGCAGAGGUUGCCAACAUUGAUCUCUAUUAUACUGGAGAUCAAUGGUGAACAUUCACUGAGGUCAAACAAAAGGUUGCAUUUUGGCUUCCAGGGGCAUCAAGCGCUCAGUUUAAUAACGCAACCACACUGUUUAGUAACGAAUCAAUCAACAAGUUUUGUGAAUUGUUUGCGGGCUGCACGCCAUUCUCACUCAAAAUGCAAGGCUGUGUGUUCCAAAUUGCCCUUGAAGAUGGCCGAUUUACGUAAUUCGCAACAUAUCUAUGGAAACGAGCAUACCGCGUAAGCGCCACGCACAACUCUCAACCAAUGAUAGAUCUUCCUUUGACAUUGGAUGAGGUAUGUGAGUAGCUGUCAGGUCGGUGUGAGCAAAAACAUUUAACAGGGUAUCAAUUCCAGAUGAGGCCAGACUGUUGGGGUUUGGGGGAUUAAUUAUUCAUAUAUUUUUUUGUUUGUUUGUCUUUGUAAAGGGUAGCAGGCAGUGCGGUGGGCUAGAGGGCAUAGCAGCCAGACUACAGUACACUUGCGUUUGAUUGGGCAACACGUAACACGGAAUCACGCAGCAAUGUUAAAAAUAGUGAAUGCGGCAUCGUCAAGUCGCUGUCCCGCGUUGGGGUAUGCGUAGCAUUGCAAAACAAUAGUUUGCUUGGGAUGGCACAUGAUUGGGAUUGGAGUCAAGUCUACGCUUUGGCCCAAUCCCUGUUCACGCUGCAGUCUAGCAUCCACCUCCUCCCAUCAGAAUAGGUACUUGAAAUAGGCUGUUUAUUCGUUGUAUGCAUUUGUUCAUUUCAAAGUGUCGGUUUAAUAAUUUUGGAAAAGGGUUUUGUUAGGAAUUUCAUAGUACACAUGUGGUUACACUCCUGUGCACAAUGACUAUGAAUACGUCAGGAUUUUUCGAUGUGCACUUUGCUGUGGCUGAUCUGUGGUUAUACAUUGUGUAAAAUGUGCAACGGGAGCAGCCCCCCCCCCCCCAAGCUCACCUUGUUGAGCUGUUAAUGGCUCUCUUUUUAACAUCGGUCUCAUCACAGUGCAACUGUGCUGCCCCCCCCCCCCCCCCCCACCAUUCCCCUUUCCGGGGGAUAAUGCUUUGAGGCCACUUACAGAAUUUAUCCCGAGGUCAAUGAACAAAACAAACUUAUACUUUUGUUCUUUUGUAAUGUUUUCCUUCCUCUCUGGUUUUAUGGACCUCGUGCCUUACUAUUGCAACGUCAAAGCCCGAAGUUGGCCCACUGAGGUUGGAAAACUAUGGAAAACCAUUAAUGUUAAACAGGAACUAAACAGAUGACAACUAUUCCAAAAUAGUAGUGAAUUCGUUGGAAACAAAGCAAUCAAUCGUGGGAGAUAUUUUAUCGAGUAGAAAGUUUGCACAACACGUUGAAUUUGGUUAGAACAUCUGUUGGGGCUGUAUUAACACGAUUGAACGUUUUGCUUACCAUUUGGCCGUCCAUGCUGAACCUGCGCGGUUUGUUUAUCAACGAUUUAAAGGUCUGACGUGCGAGAAAAAUUGCCUCCAAAGUGGUGUCUCCACGUCCUGAGCAUGGUCCAAUAGGAAGCUCUUCUUUAUGGAUGGUUUUAUGUCCCAACGUUUUCACCACGAAUAGACUCUUUGGCGCCUGUUCUAAUCCGACGUUUUCCAAGGCGUAGAGACGUCACCACUUUGGGCUUAUUUCAUGCUCACGUAUGACGUCCGCACGCACGUACCUGACGUGAGAAAUGGUAAC